AUGUGUAUAUGCGUCAUCGGUUGGAUAGCUAUUCUUUUUUUCAUAUACAAAAUAGCAUUGUCAGUUUAUAAGAUUGUUUAUCCUUACAUCAUCGCGAAGCCGAUCAAUUUAGCAGAAGCUGCUGGAGGGAAAUGGGCAGUUGUAACUGGCAGUACUGAUGGAAUUGGCAAACAAUUUGCAUCACAGUUAGCACGGAAAGGAUUUUCAAUUUUACUUAUCGCUCGUUCGAAGUCAAAACUCGAUGAAACUAAACAGCUAAUUGAAGAAAGUGGAGUCGAAGUAAAAACGAUUGUUUUUGAUUUUUCUUGUACAGACGUUAAUGAAUAUCAAAAAACAAUAUUUAAUGAACUGGAUAGGUUGGAUGUCGGUAUUCUGAUUAACAAUGUUGGUGUUAGCUAUGAAUUUCCUGAAAUUCUUCAUAAAAUAGAAGGAGGAGCUGGUAGAAUUGCCGAUAUCAACAUCGUUAAUACUCUUCCAUGUACUUUGCUUUGUUCAAGGGUAUUGUCUCAAAUGGUUAAACGAAAUAAGGGUAUUAUUGUUAAUGUUUCAUCUUCUAUUGCUUAUUUAAAUAGCAAAAUGUUUGCAGCAUACGUAGCUGCUAAGCAACAUACAGCUAGUUUUACCUCAGUUAUUCGAAAGGAAUAUGCGGCGUACAAUAUUAUUAUACAGUUAAUCAGUCCUAUGUUUAUUACUACUAAAAUGUCGAAAAUAAAGCAUCCAUCAUUCUUCAUUCCAACUCCGGAAAGGUUUGUAAAAAGUACAUUGCGUACGAUUGGGCACGUCGAUGAGACGACUGGUUUUUUGGCCCAUCAAAUCCAGAUAGAAAUGUUUAUGAAUUUGCCAACAUUUUUGUUGAACUAUAUUGUGGGCAAAAGUUCUGAGGCAUUAAAUAAGAAAUGUAUUGCUAAAAAGAAUCGUUAA